GCUCUCUACCACUCAGGAGAGGAGAUACUCUGCUGGACAUGCUGGUUAUUGAAUCCAAGACAUUGGAUGAGGAGUCAGGACAGAUUUGGGUUUGAUCAUACCACACAUGGAGUUUGUUUCCAGAUUAUUCAAAUGUACUUUUUUUCUGCUUUGGCGUAAAAGAGAGGAUUCUGCAACUGAGAAUGCAACAGUGAAUCCAGAUAUUUUUUAUUUUUUUUUAAACUGGCUGGAGUGACACACUAAAAUGCUUCUGGCUUGCCUUGUCAUACAACACUCAAAACAACUUUUGAGACAUUUUUGAUUUAAACACCUGUAAUAACUACAGUCUUGUAUUUACUUUGUGACUUGACAGAGAUACAGACCUUUUUGAAAGUGAAGUACAUUUGGAUACAGCAAAAAUAUUAUUUUCUAGGUAAGUUGAGUGGUUUAUUUUGGUUGGCGACUACACUGGCUUAGAGAUGACUGGAUCCCUACAAACUGGACUCAUACUCUUCUCAUUUGUGAUGAUAUGUGAGAGUGAGCCAACACAUGCUGAUCCAGACAGAGUGGAGAACUCGCAUGGACAAUCCAGAUUGGUCCAUUUAACUUCUCACUUGGCCUUUCACCUAGUCAAUGACUCAAUGGCCUUCUCCAGAGCUGACAGCUUCUGCAGAGGCCAGUUCAGCUCUCUUGCUGUUCUGGACCAGUCAGAGGACAGGCAAGGAGCCUUGGAGCUGCUUCGACAGACUGGGCUUCGCCCACCCAUAUGGGUCAGGAAUCCCAGCAAAGCAGCCCCUGAGUCUGUGUCCUUCUCCAAACAAUAUUUACAGUUUUCAGCUCUAAACUUCCCAAAAGAAUCCCGUGAGGGCUUUGUUCGUGUCAACAUGUCCUUUCCCAUCCUGUCGUCCAUCAGCGUGUGUGUUCGUGUCCAGUGGAACCCCGAUGGGAAUGAGGUGUCCACCAUCUUCUCCUAUGCUGCACCUGUCUUUAUCAAUGAGUUCCAGCUAAGAGGCCAAAUGAACAUGCAGGGACGCAUCCUCCUGGCACUUAUCAUCCAUGGGAAGCACCUACCAUAUAAAGCUUCCUUCCUCAAUGAUGGAGCUUGGCAUCAUAUCUGUGUCACGUGGCACCGGAGCAGUGGCCAUUGGGCUAUAUAUGUGGAUGGGGACAGGAAGGAUAUGGGUUCAGGCACAGACACUUCCAGGGAUAUGUUUGGGGAUGGGAUACUCAUUUUGGGUCAAGACCAAGAUUCAUUUGGAGGGAAUUUCACGGAGCCUUUUUUUGGAAAUAUCACUGACUUCAAUGUUUGGAAUAUGUCUCUGGAAAAAAGGCAUGUCCUUUCCCUCAACGCUUGUUCACCCAUGACCCAGGAAUUGCUUUUCAGUUGGAACCUUGACCACCUAAGUAGCCAUCCAGUAGUCAAGGAGGUGCAGGUCCUUCUGUUUUGCCCAGCAACGCGCCACCAGAUGGAGCUGCAGGGCUGUAGGACACUGCAGGGCUGGUCAGAUCAGCUCCCACUGUAUGGUUAUACAGACUGUUCUGAUCCACUGCCAUUCAUCUGCAGGAGCAGCAGAGAGCGAUACCUGAAGAUGAAGCAGAUGAGUGAUUCUCUGAGCUCCCUGCCCACUGCCUUUAUGAACCAUCUGAUGAAGCUUUCCAACAAAACCCAGGCAGUGCUGGGGCAGCAGCCAUCUGGGCUGAGCAGCCUGGCCCAGGCAUCUACCCUGCUGGACGUUACUGUCCAGGCCCUGGAAGACACCAAGGAGGAGGGAUUGCAGCCAACAGACAUGGUGUCCCUCAUCCAGCUACUGUCUCUGGCUGCGGACGUCCCCACACAGCCACUCACUGAUGCCACCAACCACAGUCAGGACAACAUUCAGGAGCUCAGCCAGCAGUUCAUCAGUGUGGCCGACAGCAUCAUCAGUGAAGACAACGCCCUCAAGUGGCAGGCUAUUAAAGAGGUGGUGAAUGGCCCUAUGGAUGUGGUCAAGAGUAUUGACCAGAUGGUGACCAGCCUGAGCUCUCACUUGAUGGCAGAGACUAAUCACGUAACCAUUCACAGCCCCAACAUCAAGCUGGAGGUGCAGCAGCAGAAGUUGCAGGAAGGAUCCAGAGAAUCAAGCUUUUGUGGGCCUGAGACAGAGAAACACAUAAAUCCAGACUGUAUAUCAGUCCCUCAUCAGAAAAUACAGGAUCUCCAUAAAACUGGUUUCCAUAAGCUCACAUUGGUCAACACGUGGUAUCGCUCUCUGCGGCCUCUUUUCAAUCCCGAGGAGAACAUCUCCAUGGUUCCUACUGUCACUGAUGGCAGCCAGAGGUAUUUGGGCACCAUCCUGGGCUCUUCUGUCAUUUCCACCACAGUGCUGGGAGACGACCAACCGGUUAGCACAGCAGUUCGCUUCCAUCUCCAGCACCGAGUACAGAAUCCCACUGGCACUGUGUAUGAUCCAGUGUGUGCUUACUGGGAUUUUAAUCUCACUCCCGAGGCUGGUGGGUGGUGGAAUACCAAAGGCUGUGAGAUAGUGUCCAAGCAAUAUGGAUACACUGUGUGCUACUGCAACCACACCACCAAUUUUGCAGUAUUACUCCAGGUUUACGAAGCCCAGAGGAGCCAGGAGAAUGAAAAAGCUCUGCAGGUGCUGACGUUCAUCGGCUGUGGAGUGUCUCUGUGUGGCCUCCUCUUCACCUUCAUCCUCUUCAUCGCUGUGGGUGUCCCCAAAUCAGACCGUACCACUGUCCACAAGAACCUCAUUGUUGCUCUGGGCAUCGCUGAACUGCUGUUGAUGUGCAGUGACUGGGUGUCUGCCAAUGAGGCAGCGUGCUUCAUGGCGACUGCACUACUCCACCUUUUCUUCAUGGCCUCCUUCUCCUGGAUGCUGGUGGAGGGCCUGCUGCUGUGGAGCAAGGUUGUAUCUGUCAACAUCAGCGAGGAUCGCAGGAUGAAGCUCUACUACAUCAUUGGCUGGGGACUACCUGUUCUAAUAGUUGGUGUAACACUGGCAGUAUCUGUGAACAAGUACAAGGCAGAUGAUCACUGCUGGCUCAAUGUGAAGACUGACACGAUCUGGGCCUUCGUGGGACCUGUUAUAUUUGUCUUGGCGGUCAAUGCAGUUGUGCUUUGUCGGGUUGUCAUGGUGACCGUUUCCAGCGCUCGGCGACGUGCUAAGAUGCUCAGUCCAAGCUCAGCAUCAAAGAUGCAGACCUUUGACCUCACCUGGGCUGUGACCCGUCCUGUUCUUAUCCUGCUGCCGGUGCUGGGUCUGACCUGGCUGUGUGGAGUGUUGGUCCAUCUGUCUGUAGUAGUUGCCUAUAUCUUCAUCGCUCUCAAUGCAUUCCAGGGCCUGUAUAUCUUCUUGGUGUAUGCUGUUUACAACAGUGAGGUGAGGAAUGCCAUAAAGAGGAUCAAAGAAAAGAGGAAGGCCUUAUCUUUCACGAAUUGUUCCCAGCCAACCAGCUUUCUACCCUCCCAGAGAGCCCCAGUUACCUCCUGGGGCCGCAGUCCUCCAACCCCCUCCAGUCCUGAGACCAGUGAGACUUCUGGACAUCCCAGCUCCACCUCCACAUCACUGGUCAUUAAGAAUGAGAGUUUCAGAAAAGAGAACUUUGUGAGUUUCUCCUUAAAACCUACAUCAGGAAACCAACAGGUUGUCCAGCUGACUGGGUUCAAGCCAUCAGGUUGCUGAACUGCAAAUGGAGUGGAUCCUGGUGCUCAUUUACAAUAAACACCCAUCCACACUGAAAAAAAGGAGUACUGGACAGAUCCCACCUGAAGAACUGCAUGGCCACACACACACACACACACACACACACACACACACACAAAAAGCAAAGGAAGGAUAAAAAAGUGAACUGUAAUUGACUCUCUGGCAUCUAUUGCUUUGGGACAAAUAAAUGGUGAAGCAAUGAAUUUUUGAUCAGGGGAUUCACCAUUUAGGCUAAUGUUCACACAUCAGUAUCUUCAUUUAAAAGUCACAGUUUGUCUAAAAGAUAUGUAUCCCGUGUAGCCUGAUAGCAGUGUAAGCAGAUGAACUGACUUUUUCAAGGCACAAAUGAGUGCAUUUGCUUUGGGAUCUAAAGCUAAAAGCAGGUUUACUGCAUCGCAGCAGAUUUUAAAGGAUGACUUCACCAAAAUCACAAAUCAAUCAAGCUAAGGUUUUAAACACAGUGGAGCAUAUUUUCUUUCUUUCUUUCUUUCGUUCUUUUUAGACUCAGAAAAAACUUAACAUGUUACAGACCUCACUGUUAACUGUUUUAUUAUGAAACUUUUACAAUAGAGUAGAGAUAGUUCCUUGAACACUAGAUUCUCUGAGUUAUUCUGCGGGCUGGAAUGUUGUAUCUGGAAAGACGUAGUUAUUUUCAGCAUAAAUGAAAAUCUGUACCGACUGUCAAGGGGUAGAGGCAGAAACACAGCAGCAUCAGCUUUUUUUAAUAUCUUGCUGAAAGUCUUUUUUCAAUAUUACUGUUGCAAAUAGAUGAUUACAUAAAGCAUUCAAUAAGACUGGACCAGCAGCUCAACAGACAGGGAGCUGUAAAAAGAAAAGAUAAAACAUCAAUAAUGACGCUGUCGUGAAAGUGUGACGAUUGGAUGUUUGUGUCAACAUCCCGGAGAUAUUCUUGCAUGUUCUUUUGCCUUCAGUUCACUGACUGAUGACUCAAAUCGCCCUUAAACCUAUCAGUAGCAGUAUCUACCGUCAGCUUCAGACACUGCAGUUAUUUCUCCCUUGUUCUGUAUUGUUACCUCAGGCUGCCAUUUUAACUCUCCCUAUCUUUCCUGCAGCAGGAUGCACUGCAGCCUAAAGGCUUAAAGCGUCACAAAGUGCUGAAUGUUCGUGGAUACGCCAGAGGCCUGUGUGACUUCGCUGGGCUUGUAGAUAGCCUUACCUAACAGGAAUCAUGUUAUGACUGCUGGAUUUCUUAAAACAAGAAUCACAGUUAUGUCUAAAAUGUGCAGUCUGUUCCGUUGUUGAAAACAGGGAUAUUGGUGUAUUCUUCAACAUGGUCUACAUUUACACAUUUUUCUAGAUGUACAUUUCAGGAACAUAUCAGUUUUCCUCUAAAGACUUUUGUUCCUCCUUAAAAUAUGAGUAUAUACUGUAUCUAACAUAUCUAACAAUAUGAGAACGGAAUUUCAAAUGUCACAGUAAAACUGUUGUCUGUUUUUGAGACGUUGAAUGACAACUUUAUGAUUAAUGUUUUAGAGUACAACUGACUGAUUGAAUG